AUGCCAACCUCGCACAGCUUAGGUUCAUGCACAGCACUGUGCUGUACAUGGCCCGAGUCGCGCACGGUAAUGAGAGACUCUAGAAGUACCGUUGAUAGGCAGCAGCGCCCUUUUACCGUUCAGACUGGCGCUGCUGCACGCGCACGGACGUCUUCACGCCCUAUCUUGCCCCAGCUGGAUGCUCCCGGUAGUGCUUCUGCCCGGGAUGAACCGAGCACUAGCUCUGACCGUCCUCGCCCCACCCUUCCUCGAGUGGUUGUCCCCACCUUUCCUGAGCGUAACCACCCCCAGGGACAGACGAAGCGCAACGCCGAUGCUGCCCCGCCAAGUCCUCGCCACCGCAUGACGAAACGCCAGCGUAAUGCCAUCACCGCAAAGGAGAAACUCCACUGGUUGAAGAUGCAGGACUCUCAGCCCGACCUCUCUAAUCGCGCGCUGGCGAAACUCGCGAACGUGCAGCCCUGCCAGAUCCGCGAAUGGAAGAAGAUGGGGGAGCGGCUGGAGGUCGCUUCCUGCUACCGUCGUCGCCAAACGGGGCACGGGCGCAAGUGCAAGUACCCGUUCAUGGAACGGGCUGUCUACCGCCAGUUACUGAAGCAUCGGACGAAGGGCCUUGCCGUCACGGUCAGCAUGCUCCAGAAGUGGAGCGCCAAGUACAUGAAGCACAAGAUGCCCGGGGUCAACUGGCGCGCUUCGUUCCGGUGGGCGACUCGUUUCCGCGCGCGCUGGCAUUUGGCGAGGCAGGUCAAGACGAAGAUGGGACAGAAGCUGGCAGUGGGUAAGUGA